AUGGCGACCGACACCAAGAAUAUGACUGAGCACAUGGCGGUUGCUGCUUCUGAUAGCAAGGGGGCAGAGGAUGUUGAGCUCUCGCAGGACGCGCCGGUUAUUGAUGAGGAAACAAACAGGAAAUUGUUGCGCAAGAUUGAUAUGAGGUUGAUGCCAGUGAUGUGCUUCACCUAUGCACUCCAGUACUACGACAAGGCGCUGCUCAGCCAGGCCGCAAUCUUCGGCUUGAGGGACGAUCUCGGUAUCCAGGAUGGGCUCAAGUACUCGUGGGUGUCGUUAAUCUUUUACUUUGGCUACAUCGCCGGCUGCUACCCAAUCUCCUGGCUGUCGCAGAAAUUCUCCAUCCGCCGCGUCUGCCCGAUAAUCUGCUUCCUCUGGGCCAUCGUCGUCAUCUGCACCCCAGCCUGCACAAACUACGGCGGCAUGCUCGUCAACCGGUUCAUGCUCGGACUGAUCGAAAGCGGCGUUUCACCUGCAUUCAUGCUCUGCACGGGAAUGUGGUACACGCACUCUGAGCAGGUCUUUCGCUCCUCGCUUUGGUACUCCUUUAGCGGCGGCUCGAAUAUCAUUUCGCCGCUCAUCAACUACGGUCUCGGUCAUAUCAGCGGCGGAGCCAUGCAUCCCUGGCAAUACAUGUAUCUGAUCGCGGGGAUUGCCACGCUUCUCUGGUCCGUGGUGCUCUGGUUCAUCUUCCCCGGUAGCCCCGAGGAAGCAAAGGGGUUUACAGACGAAGAGCGCAAGCUCCUCCUUGAGCGAGUGCGAGCGAACAAUGCGGGCUCCGAAAAUAAGCAUUUCAAGUGGUACCAGAUGCGCGAGGCGUUCCUCUCGUACCAUUUCUGGUUCAUCUUUCUCCUCUCGACGCUCUCCAGUAUUGGCUCUGGAGCAGUUACCACAUUUGGCUCGAUCAUCUUCAACGGGAUGGGCUUUUCGACGUUCCAGUCGCUACUGCUGAAUAUGCCUAUCGGCGCCCUCGCCUUUAUUUGUGUUCUGGGCUCGGGAUAUAUUGGGCGCAAGGUUCCGAAUGCACGUUUGCAUAUAAUCAGUGGUGCUUGUGUCCCUGUUAUCCUGGGGAGUUGUCUCAUGUACGUCCAUCCCACCCUUAUCCCCCAGUUUCUUGCGCUUACAUACUGGCUCUGCUCCAGCUGGCGCCUCCCCUCAACCGAACGCGCCGCCCGAAUCAUCGGCUUCUAUCUCAUCAAUUUCUUCAGCUCAGCCUGGGUCCAAUGUAUCGCAAUGGGAACCUCCAACGUCGCAGGCCACACCAAGAAAGCAACCAUGGCCGCGGGGACGUUCAUCGGGUACUCGCUGGGAAAUAUCAUUGGGCCGCUUACAUUUGAUGCCAACGACGCACCACGCUAUGACCCCGGCUUCCAAGCAACGGUCAUCUGUUUCGCGAUUUGCUGCGUCCUUGCGCAGGUAUUUAGGGCGCUGCUUCUGGGGCAGAAUAAGAGAAGGGAUAGGGAGUAUGGGAUGCCAAGUGCGGAGCAUGGGUUGGAAGAUUUGACGGACGGCGAGAAUAAGUCGUUUAGGUAUCCUUUGUAA